CACCGACUAGGCUGAAGGCUGCGGAAACGGUUCCUGCAUCUGUCCAUGCCGUUCUUACAUCCCAUGCAUUACCUUGUCUGCCUGGCGCGAGUAUGCAGUCAUCCAGCAACUUGCUUGGCGCGUUUAUGAGUGAAUGUGCGAGGACAAUGCUUCGUGGAACAUCCAUCCACCUACCAACCCACCUUUUCUUUCAUCAAUUCAUCCAAACACAGCCUCAGCCUUACCUUUCUGCCUGCUUUUUCUGCAUUAUCCGCGUAUCGUUUCUGCUUUAUCCGCGCAUGGUCCCCGCAGGUCUAUCCGCUUGUCUACCUGUUUCCCUAUCCUGCAUUCACUGGCUUGUUUGCCUGCCCGCGGACCUGUCGCAUAUCAGAUAUACCCGUUUGUGUGUCUGCUCCCCUGUCCGUCUCCACGCUUGCCUCUUUUACUGCAUGUUCUCUUCCUCGGCGUCCCGUUUCAUCUGUUUGUGCUACUAGAUACUUACCUACCCGUGCGAGUACAUGUCUAUCCGUUCCUCGGCUGGCCUGUCUGGCUGCCUUCUUAUCUACUCCUUCUCCUACUCCCUUCUGAACCCGCCUAUCUGCACGUGCGAUUGACUAUUCUCCCUAUCAGUCUAGCUCCUCGUAUGUCUCAGCCUUGUCCAACAUGCAGAAUCCAGAGUCUAGAAUCCAGAAUCGGCUUCUUGAAACAUGCAUCAGCUGGUAAGGCUGUCUAUGCAUGAGUGUAGAUAGAUAGAUGGGUGGGCAAAUAAGUAUACGUGAAAUAUGCAUACGUACAUGCAUAUGAAACUGACAAUUGGGCGAAUGUGUAGACGAAUGUGAAAUGUAACCUUGAUUAGUGUGGACUUUGUUGUUGGAGACAGGAGGAUGGAAAUAUCGAUAGUGAGAGACAUGAAACGGAAUAUCCUUGUAUAUCUGGGCCAAAUAAUGA